AUUUUAGUUGAGCGCUGGAACAGUUGGAGAAUGCGACUCGAGCGAGAUCGUGGCGCUGUCUCAUCUAGAGUUUCAGUUGUUAAUUGUUGCUAAGUGAAUUGUUUCGUAGUCCGGACUUGAAAGAGAAUGUCGAAUCUUAGAAUAUAGGGCUGUAGUAAAUUCGGUACAUCUAAAUAGUGAUCUAUGACUGUCAAUGCUAAAGACGAUCUAUUGGAAUCGGUUAUCUAACCAUGCUUAAGCUGAAAAACUUUUUACCAGGCUCGAAUCACUCAAGUGAUGUGAAUUCUAAGGGUAACUCUGUUUCGCUACAACCUGAGAUAGGCUUUCAAAUUACAAUCGAGACUUAUGAUCGGCCAAAUGAAAGUGAGAAAAGCUUUUCGGUAAAUGGACCUCUCUCAGUUCCCGGGUUAAAUGUGCAUUUGAUUGCAGCUCGACAUCUACCCUCACUAUUCGGAUUUAAGAUUGUGCAGGGCUAUCUAGUAAAGGUAAAGCUAUUUCCAGGAACAAAACGAAUGGACAGCAGUAUUCAGACCAACACAUGGCCAAAAUUCAAUGAACAUUUUAAGUUUCCACUGGUACCAGAAAUGAGGUCCUCCAUGAAGCACGGUUCCUGUUCCUCAUCAAGGCGUCAAAAUCACAGUCAGGUUACCGGAGAUGUCAGUGCACCUGACGAUCUAUUUGCUGGCCAAUUUGUAGUAUUUACUGUAUAUGCUCUGCUCGAACUACCUGCCGCUAGCUUUAAUCGAUUUAACAAGACUUAUCGCUCCCUUAAAGAUAAAAGCUCGAAUUUUAUGCAGCGACUCGUUGAUAACUCAACGGGGCCUCCUAAUGAAAUUCAGUCUGAAAAUGGGAUCAAAACACCAAAAGAAAAAACUAAAAAAAAGUCUGAAAAUCCACGCGAUUCAAUGCCGCCAUUGACAAUAAGUGAAUCAAGGAGAAACAUAGGGUCCGUCACUUGUUAUCUUGAACCAAAGCUUUUCAAACGCAAUGCUCGCAAUGGGUGUUAUACGACAGAGGAACUAUGGCUGCCUGUUAAAGAUAUUACCACAACGGCGCUGAAGACGACGACCAACAACGACGAUAAUAAUAAUAAAAAUCUUACUAAUUCACCCAAAGGCGUUGUCGAGUUGGCUCUUGAAGUGCGAGAUCUUAGCGGGAGUGACUGUCAGCUGGAAUCCACACAGUUAGCAGGGACAGUCUCAUUAUCAUCUUCAGUUCCCGUCCACCACGGCGAUGCACCUGUGACGAACAACUGGCACCGAAUGACCGCUGAGGUGAAGCGAAAGAUCGGCAUUAGUAAUAUUUCAAGUAAUUCGAAUGGCACUCUUAUGUUGCGUGUGACCACCACACGGAUGCGUUGUUCGAACAAAGUAAAGGAUGAGCUCGAAGCCACUGCCAGUGCGGGCGUGUACGUGAAGACAACUGUAUUUGAGCAUGGUAUAUAUGUGGAUGCCUGGAAAUCGCCUGUUUUCUAUCCAUCGCUCUCAACAAAGUGGGACGCAACAGGUCGCGACGGAGCCUCAAUAUGUGUGCCACUCCGCAGUCUGGAGCAACUGGAUAAUAUUCAGAUUCGCGUAACACUAGCCACUAAGCUAAAGAUGGGCAAAAAACUUGUGCUUGGGACGGUUCUCAUUGGCAAUUCCUCCACUUCGGAGUCGGCUCUGGAACAGUUGCGGCUUGUUCGGAACUCGCCAUUUAAUGAACGUAUCGCAACAUGGCAUUGCUAUCACUAGCCUCCAGCUCUGACUUUCCAAUGAGACCUGAAAGAAACUUAAUUUAAAUUAUGUUAGUUUAAUUCAAGUUUAGGUGAAAAGCAUUGUUUUUUGCAUAUUUAAAUUUUUCACGAGUGUGCCGAUUUACCGAUUAAUAAAUUUAC